AUGGCCAGCGACGCCGUCACCAGCUUUGCCGCCGAGGCCUUCACGCUGCUCUCGCUGGGCAUCUGCAUCAUCUUCCUGCGGACGUACGCCCGCAUCCGCCAGGUCGGCAUCCGCAACUUCGAGGCCGACGACUACCUGAUGCUGCUGGUCAUCAUCCCGUAUACGAUCGAGACGGCGCUCGCCUACACCGUGGGCGCCAAGUACAACGGGCUCACCAACAGCGCCAUGACCGACGAGCAGCGCGCCGCGUUGUCUCCUGAUAGCAAAGAGUACCAUGACAGGAUUGGCGGGUCCAAGAUUCAAGUCGCGGGAUGGACCAUGUACGCAACAGUGUUGUGGGUUAUCAAGAGCGCGCUCUGUGCGUUCUAUUUCCGGUUGACGCAUGGUCUGGCUGGAUACAAAAUAAAGAUUUACAUUGGGAUUGGCUUGAUCGCUUCGACUUACAUUGCCAUCGUGGCAUCCCUUCUAUUCAGCUGCCGACCGUUCCACCAUUUCUGGCAAAUUAACCCAAAUCCCGGCAAUCUGUGCCAACCAGCCUCGUCGAAACUCUACAUCUUCCUCAUCGUCGCACUAAACAUUGUCACUGAUCUCUACCUAAUCCUGAUUCCGAUUCCCAUGCUAUGGGGUGCACAGAUCCCCAAAGUCAAGAAGAUUGGUCUGGUCGUACUAUUUUCGGGUGGUAUUUUCGUUAUGGUAGCUGGUCUGCUUCGAUGCGUUCUGAUUCUAAAGAAUCCCAAGACAGGCCCUCAAGAAGGAGCUUCUUGGGCCGUCCGAGAAUCGUUUGUGGCCGUGGCUACCUCGAGCUUGCCCAUGACAUGGGGUUGGAUGCGACAGAAGUUGCGACCAUUCUUCGGCUCCCUACUAUCGUCCGACAACAAAUACAAGAACGGCCCCGAGCCUGGAAGCAUCAUGCUUGGCGAUACAAACGAUCGAACGACUUGGCGAAGUCAGCACCUCGGAUCUCUCAAAUCCGUUAUCCGGACACAGCCGGCUUCAGCAAACCGGGACAUUUUCAUCCAUACUGGCGAGGCUAGCUCAGAUGAGAUCAUCCCGAACAAGGUUCAUCGCACUGGAAUUACCAAGGAAGUCGAAUUUACCGUGUCGACUUCCAAGGCGCCUUAA